UGGGGUCGCGCCAAGAUGGCGGCCGGGCAGGGGGCAGGGGCUGGGAGCGGGACCAGGACCAGAACCAGAACCAGAACCAGGACCGGGACCGCAGCGGCGGGGCUGGGGGUCCCCGCGCACCUCGCCCUCUCCGUCCGAGCUUUGGAGGAGGCGGGCAGCUUGGGCAUCCUCUGCCUCAGCGGGAGGAAGCUGCGCGACGACCCCAGAGGCGACACCAUGGCAACAGAUGGAUGCUCGUGGAGAAGGAAAACCACCAGGGAUGAGAAGAUCACUGUUGAAGCAAGGCACACUGCAAACAUGACGUGCUCUUUCAUGCUUGAAGCUGGAUGAAGCUCCCUGUCUCAGCAGGUGGAAAGUGAAACCCAGGCCUGGAGCAGUUCUGGUGGUUGCUGUGGUUAAUCCCCAGGCAGUGCUCCCCACUCCUCAGAGACUCAUGGCACUUUUGGGCUUUGCUCUCUUUGUUUUGAUGACCUCAGUGCCACAUUUUACACCCAAGUGUGGUCCAAGAGCCCUGGGGCAGCUGAGAAUCCUGCUCCACCUUCACUGCUGGCAUUUCUUGUCUGGACAGUUCGGUUUUACUUCAUGCCUUGUGUUCAAAUGCCAUUCCUUACUCCAGCUCUUGCUGAGGACACUCAGUGAGUUGGGGCUGGGCCCUACCUGGAGCAGAGAAAGACAGGAUUGCAAGGAGCUUCCUUCCAAACUGGGAAAACACAAUGACCUUGAUGAGACAGGCGCUGAGACUGUGCCCACUGCCUGGCAGCCUGCCUUGGUCACAGCUGCUGGGGCACAGUCAGCUCCUGCAGCCCCUCCCUCUCUGCCUAUCCCCUCCCCCUGGAGUCUCUAUUUCCUGAAAAUAAAUGCAAUUUCACCCUCCAAAAGUUUGCUUCAGAGUGACAGAGGAAAAGCUUAAUAAAAAUGCAAAGGUCACAUUUUCCGUGCCUCCUAAAAUAAUACGACAGAUCCAAUUUCUGCAUUAUUAACUAUGAGUGUGAGCUUGUUUUCUUUUCAGGUGCUUCCUGACUUACCUGGUGCUCUUUUUCUUGUGCUGCACAAGCACAUGGCUGCAGCCACUCCUGGGAGCCUGUGGGCAGCAGCUCUCUGGGACCAGUAGUUACUUAGUGUCUUGGCAAAAGAUGCCCUCACCCUGCAGAAAUAGCUGUGUGAAUGCUCCUCUCUUGAUAAACAUUUUGACAAAAGCCUGUGUGUCUUGACAGAAAAAUCACUUUGAAAAGGACAUUUAUCAUCUCAUUCUGUUUUGAAUUGGAACAAUCCUCAGGCAGAGCAGAGACAAGCAAGAUUUCUCCCAACAACCCCACUGUCCUCACGUGCCGUUGGCACUCCAAGAUAAGACUGCAAAGACAUUGCUGCAAAAUGUCACUAAAAUCUUCAAGGAAGUGAUUUAGCAUUAAUAAAAAGGCAGAUUUUGAUGGAGAUGGCAUUUCAUGCAGCAGAUCACUUUUGGUUUGUAGUUAAAAGCUAGUGGAACAGAGUGUGUGAUCACUUGGUAUUAUAAAAAAACUUCAAAAAUAGCGUAUUUGGCAAAAGUGACAAACUAGCUACAGUAACUGAGCUAUCAAAGACAGUUACUGAUGGGGUAAUUUGGGUUAUUUAAGUCUGUUCUGGGAAAAUGAGGAUUAGGAAAAGCCAUAAUUAAAAUAUGCAAAGCCGACGGGGAAUAGAGAAUAGAUAUUAAGUCACUUUAAAUUAGUAAUUCAUGAGAGGGUGGAAGGGAGCGAAAUGGAUGAAAUUAUGUUCUGAAAGGGCCCUGAUAUUCCAUUGUUGCAGAGAGAAAAGCUAUUCAGAGCCUGAGUGCAUCUUCUGUGCACACAGAAAUUGGAUAGGAGGAGGAUUGAAGAGCUGUACAUCCACUGAGGGAGCCGAUCCUGCAGCUUUCCCACAAAUCUGAGGGAAUAUGCUUUUGCAGGGGCAUCAGGCGUUUUCCAGCUGCUUUGUGUACGUUGACAGCAGAGAACCUGCGGAGCUACAGGAGCUCGACCAGGGGAAUCCUCAGCAGCAGUGCUACAGCUCAGUGGUAGGAUUGUGAGAGCUGAGAGGCAGAGUCUUUCCCCCGCAGUGUUCCCUGGUGUGCUGAAAAUGAAUUGCAUCAGGGUGGGGUUUACCCUUUAAUCAGAGAGCAGAGAUCAUUUCAGCAAGGUGUUUGUGUUACUGAGCAUCAAAAGUCCUGUGCAAAGCUCCUAAAGGCACUGUUUUGUCUACCAAUAGAGAGGAGUCUUGUUAUGGAGUCAAAGAAUCACCAGGAAAACGAGCUGAGCCUUUCAUCAUUACUCCAUGGAAGUGCAGAGUUGAUUUCCAGAUGAGCUUCAUGCAGAAAUACGAGCUUUACAUCAGGAGGAAGGUUGACAUCUCGCUGCCUUAAAGGGAUGUCAGGCUCCAAAAUGAGAGCAAAAUUGAACAUCCAGCUGGUCAAGAAUCAGCCUGGAACCGUUCCACAGAGUGUGAACCUACAACAGCUGCCACUGUGAUGUCAAGGGCCCAUUGGGGUGUCAGUGAAAGGCUGACAAGUCCCCACAGUGCCAACAGGACACUGCCAUUCCUGCAAUCCAGAACUCCUCAAUGCUUCCCUUCUGCUGUCAUUCCACGAGGAUCCUUCUCCUCCAGGAAUUCUCAGUGGGCUGCCUGCAAACCAGCAGGGGGUUUUAUCUGGCUUUUGGGUUAUGCUGGUCUGCAAGCUGUAGCACAGCUCUGCAGAAAUGAUCCGGAAAAUCUGUGCUGCAGCGGGUGAUUUUCUGUCUGUCACAACUGCAAUGUGUUUUUAUCCAGAUAAACCCUGGCUGGUGACAGCUCAUCUAGGGAAUCGGAUCACCCAAUUAAACAGAGGUGGAUACAGGGCAGCCCAUCCUUUGGCCACAAUACUGCCACCAGAACCUCUGCUGGCUCCUUCCCUUCCUGGAGAAGAGGAUAAGGAGGAGGAGGUGGACAAGGAACCUGCAGCUGCAGAAGAAGAAAUGGCAUCAAUCCACACGAGCUCUCUGCUGGGAGAUGCAGGAGCUGAAGAAGACACAUUUCUCCUGCGUGACACCUCCAGCACAAGAGCUCGGAACGAACCCAGGGUCCAGCCAUGGGAGAAAUCACAGCUCACAGAGGAAGUGCUGGAGCGACUGAGGAGCAUUGUGACCGAGGGGGACCCUGUGACGAGAUACACUGAAUUUGUUAAGGUUGCCCAAGGGGGUUUCGGGACUGUUUACAAAGCCAUCGACCCAACCACAGGAGAAGUGGUGGCCUUAAAGAAGAUGCCUCUCUGCAAACGGAGCAGAAAGGAACUCGUUGUCAGUGAGAUCCAGAUCAUGAAGGAGAGCAGGCACCCCAAUAUUGUCAAUUAUAUAGACAGCUACCUGGUUGAUGAAGACCUGUGGCUCGUGAUGGAAUAUGUGGAUGGAGGCACUUUAACCAGCGUUCUUACCCAAAUCUUUAUGCAGGAAAGAGUGAUAGCUGCUAUCAGCAGGGAGUGCCUCAAAGCCCUGGAUUUCCUUCAUUCAAAGAAUGUGAUCCACAGAGAUGUCAAAAGUGACAAUAUUCUUCUCGGGAUGGAUGGAUCUGUGAAACUGACUGAUUUUGGCCUGUGCGCUCAGCUGACCCCGGAGCGGCGCACUCGGUGCACAGUGCUCGGCUCUCCUUACUGGUUAGCACCAGAAAUUCUGAAAAGAAAGGAAUAUGACACCCAAGUGGACAUCUGGGCACUUGGGAUCGUGGCCAUUGAAAUGCUGGAGGGAGAACCUCCGUACUUUCAAGAAAGCCCUGUCCAGGCUCAGGACCUGAUAACCCAGAACAGGUACCUGCCCCUGAGGAUGCCCAGCGAGAUGUCAGUUCUGUUCCACGCCUUCCUGCACUCCUGCCUGGACACCAACCCCAACAUUCGCUGGACAGCCAGGGAGCUCCUGGAGCAUCCAUUUUUACAAACAGCUGUGAGUCUCUCCGUCCUGCCUGAAAUGAUCCGUAUAGCCAGGAAAGUCUGUGAAGCCAUGGAAACACUUCAUGGCAGCAGUACCAGCUCAAAGAAAAAUCAGAAAUAAAAUUUUCACUCCUUUGGGAGAUUUGCUCCCUUCUCACCCAAUGGUUACGUUCAUUUCUGAAUUGCUGGUUGUGUCUUAAAGAUGCGAAGUCCCAUUUAUGGGGGUUUUGGUGUGGUUUGGAAAUGGGGAAGGGUCUCCUUCAUUCAUCCAUCAACUCUAGGGCACACUGCCUCUGGAAUGCAGCCCACGGGCUGGGAUUUUCCCAGUUGUGGUACUUCUGGAUGAGGAAUAAAGUGCAAUUGCAUUUCCAGCCAAAAAUGGGUGAAGAGCAGGGCAGCCAAACAUCCUGUUGGAUACAGGCAGCCAGCUGGGACUGUGGAGUGUUUGGAGAAUUCCCUGUCCUCCCCCCACCUGGCAGAACACGAUGACACAAAAGAUAUAAAAUAUAUAGAGAUUAUAGAGAAAGAAAUGUAUGUAACAUAAAUGAGGGGCAUGCAAAUGUACAUAGACACAUAAUGUACUGUAGAAUUAUUAUAUGUAUAGAUCUAGCUAGACUAUAUAUUAUAAUACAUAGUAUAAGAUAUAUUUUUAUAGGAUUAUAAUGAUAUGUAUAGUGUCUUACAGAGCUAUGGACAUACAUGUACUUUGUACUUUAUAUUUGUACUUUGUACACAUAUAUAUGUGUAUGUAUACAUAUAUAAUAUAGAUAUGUGGUAUCCUCUGUAAAUGAAACCCCGUUUUUAUCCGGGUGUGUUGCACCCGGCCGCGUUCAGGUGUCGGUACCUGGCCGUGGUCACACCUGUGUUGGUGGACACCGAGCGCCCUCUCGCGGCCGCUGCCGGCGCAGAAAUCGCUAAAAUUGUAAAUUUUUGGUAAAAUUUUAUUUAGGUCACUUCGUAUUGAAAAGUUACAAAAGGUUGCAAUGAAACAUUUUACACCCACUU